UAUGUAUUUUUUGGUCACCCGCACUCUUUGUUUUGCGUUUAUCACCAAUCAACAGCAAAAAGGAGUAGUUUAUGUGGGCAGAAUAUAAGAUAUAUUACAUUGAAACACAACGUUGACUGAUUAGAAAUAUUAUAAAUGAACAAAAAGAGUCAAUACAAUUGUUGAAAUGCCCACUAGAAGCGCACAGGAAGAAUACCCAACUUGGAUUGGUUUUGUGUUUGUGUUCAACCUCAUCGUCGGAACUGGUGCUCUAACGCUUCCAUCUGCCUUCAGCCACGCAGGAUGGCUGCUGGGAACGGUGCUGAUUGUGGUGCUCGCCUUUGCGAGCUACGUAACGGUAACUUUUGUGAUCGAAACGAUGGCCUGUGCCAACGCCAUCCAGAACUGGAAGCGACUACAGUUCAUCAAGCGGGAUCGUGUCAUCGAACACGACGAGGAUAGUAACGUGGAAAUGAUGACGGAGCCGCUGCUGCUGGAUGGAAACGGCGCGAUAGAUGAUCAGCUAACGGAUGCAGGUAUCGAACAAACCCCGCUCAAUAUCAUGUACUCCCGGAAUCAGUAUUACAGCCUAUCGUCGAAGAUUGAACUGGGGGAAAUGGCUAAUCUGUUCUUUGGUGGCGUGGGGAGAUUUUUGUUUUACUUUUGCUUGGCAGUGUAUCUGUAUGGGGAUUUGAGCAUCUAUUCGGCGGCUGUUGCAAAAAGUUUGAGAGAUGUUAUUUGCGCUCACAAUCAUUCUAUGAAUGCAACUGACAGCGAUGAUGUGACUACUCGUUGCUGGGAAGACAGCAUCCUUUCCCGAUUUGACAUCUACCGGCUGUGUUUGGUUUUGUUUACCGGCAUCCUGGGGCCAUUUGUCUUUUUUAACGUGCAGAAAACCAAAUACCUACAACUGGUGACGGUUCUGUUCCGAUGGCUGGCAUUUUCGGUAAUGAUCAGCAUAGCUAUUCAUCGACUGUUCGCACAACAAUCGGAUCCACCGAUAGUGCCCAAGCGGGCUGAUAUCAACGGGAUUCCAUACCUGAUUGGCACCUGUAUUUAUUCGUUUAUGUGUCACCACUCGUUGCCCAGUUUACUGACACCGAUCGCCAACAAGCAGAAAGUCAAGUCACUAAUAUCAAUGGAUUAUUUCCUAAUAUGCGCGUUCUAUCUGUCACUGGCCCUAACUGGCAUAUUUGCCUUCAGCGACAUCAAAGAUUUGUACACGCUGAAUUUUGUCCCGAACUCGGACCAGGACAGCGGUUUCUUGAAAGCAAUCGAAUACUUCCUGGCGCUGUUUCCGGUGUUCACAUUGUCAACCAGCUUCCCGAUAAUUGCCAUAACACUGCGCAGCAAUCUGCAGACGCUGUUCCUCGACACGAAUCAGUUGGAUUCGUAUAAUUUUUUCCUGCGUCGUGUGUUCUUCCCGCUACUGGCGAUUCUACCGUCCAUCACGGUCUGUUUUUUCACCGAAAGUGUUAUUUCGCUGGUUGGGUUUACCGGGUGCUACGCCGGAACCGGGAUACAGUAUUUGAUUCCAAUAUUUCUAGUUUUCCGGGCAAGACAAACCUGCGAGAGUAUGAUCGGUCGUGGAAUCGUAAACGACUUUCGUAGUCCCUUCAAGGGAAAUCUGUGGUUGUUUCUGGUAUUUGGCUGGACCGUGACCUGUCUGGUGCUGGUGACAAUCGAUCUGAUAAAGUAGGGUGAGUGUCUUUGAUGGGAGGAAGCUACGCCGGUAAAGUUGAACAUCUCCGGCUAAUCGGAUCUCUUACAGCAGACAAAUGCACACGAUAGGAUGGUAUUGCCGUCUAGAACACGUACGAGACUGAACAUUGGAGCAACCGAUUUCUGAAGUUAUUUUCUCCAAAUAUUAGUUUUAGGAUUGGGAGAUAAUUGUGCAAGGGGGAUAUCAGCGUAUGUGAUUGAGGUUAUGAUGACAGUCGCGUUUUGUGUUUUUAUCCCAGACUUCCACAAACAAAGUUUGCCUCAAGUUUUUUUUUAUCGUUUUCUACGGAAAUUCCGUAUCCUGUUUAACCGGAAAUAAAUCAGGGUAUGGGAGGUUAUAAUUUUGACAGCACAUAUUUCAAAAUUAUCCAUCAAUGAACAGAAAGAGAAUCAAACUAUUUUACAAUAUUUACUAGAUGGCAAGAGUAAUGAACGUCGACAAACUUUGAAUCAAAAAAUGACUGUAGAUCAAGUGUCGUUUGCUAACGGUGUAGAUUUAGGUCGUAAACUCUAAUGAAAUAGCUGCAAUCGUGUAGAAACGCGACUCCAGAAAUAAAUCAAUGAUUUGCAACCAUUAAAUAA